ACUACCUGCAUUUACUAGAAAAAUAGUACGAACCAAUCUCACAGUCAGACAUUUUGGGAUACCUCAAGCGACCGUACCGUGCUCUGCGACACUACAUCAUGAAGAUGGAGCCAUUGUUCUUUUAUGUUUUUCUAUUCGCAAUGAUAGCUAAUGCAGAAAAUAAUGAUUUGGUGACGUCAUACGGCGACAAUGGCGGUUCCUCAAAAAGGCAUAUUGAAACGCUAAUCAUAAGCGAGUUCAGCAUGCAGGAAGCUCAUAAGGAAGAAAUCACGAGGUAUUUGGCUACACUUAUCCAACUGGUAAAUGAAAUAUUUAACCAUGAAUCAAUGAGACUGAAUCUCAAAGUUUCUAUAACGAGCAUGGUGCUUGUGGACGAAGCAGAGUCUUCAAACAUGAUAGUUGAAAAUAACAAAAUGAGAAGCCUUCAAAGAGUAUGUUACUGGGCUGCUCGGCGACAAAUGGAAAACGAUGACGACAAUAACCGUGUUCAAAACGACCUCGUACUCGUCUUUACACGAAAGAACUUCGGAGCUGCAGGUUACUCUCCGGCAAAUGGAAUGUGCUACGGACGGAAAAGCUGUUCAUUGAUAAAGGAUAUUGGCUUCCGAACAGCUUUCAUCAUCGCUCAUGAAAUAGGGCACCUAUUCGGACUUGAGCACGAUGAUGCCUGUUUCCAGGACGCAGCCGAAUCUAGUGUCAUGGCAGCGACCAUUAAGUCUACGUUUUCUGCGUAUGAAUGGACCAACUGCAGUGAAUCUGCACUACUGGAAAUUAUAAGGGAUUUUACCUGUUUGAGCAACGAGCCUUUAAACACUGACGGAUGUGUGUACAGUUGUAUAUCUGGCGUCUGUGUGUCAAAAAACAAGGAACAAGUUUCACCAACUAAGUCUGAUAGGCCUACUCCAAAUCGUCUGAAUACAACACCUUCAGGAGUUUCACCAGAACCGCAAUCUGGAUAUGAAUGGGAAUCUUUAGGAUGGACAGAAUGUUCAGUAUCAUGUGGUGGAGGAACAACCUACCACAAAUACCAAUGUCGGAGGUUGAGCGACAACACAACAACAACGGAUGAGUACUGCAACCGCGAAGGUUUUCAGCCUUACCGCAAAGAAUGCAACACACGCACAUGUAGGCCUAAAGCGACCUUUGAUUGGAAGCCAUCCCCUUGGUCUGAAUGUCGGGCUAAAUGCGGUGCAAAUGGAGAAAAGAAAAGAAAUGUAAAAUGUAUUCGAUCCAAAUAUGGAAAGGAUAAAUCGGUGAAUAGGAAAAACUGCAAGAAAAAUGGCAGUAUGCCAGCAACCAAGACGUCAUGUACUCGAGUCUGUUCUUAACUUUAACUGUUGGGACCAGGAGAAGGGAAAGGCGUAAGAUUAUGUAGUAUAAUAUUUAUGGUCAAUGUCUUUAUGUUAGAGUAUGGCGGAGAGUAUGGCGGAUCUCGGUAGUGCUGUUGAAAUGCUUUGUUAUUCUUGUUACGAGAUUAAGUUCAGCACGCAGGGAUUAGACCUGCUCCUUGAAACUUACUUUUUGUGUAUCACGAGUUUAAAUUAGUGGGCUCUAGUAUUCAAUAGGCCUACUUCUGUUACUAGAUUAAUUCACGAACUGAUUAAACCAAAGACCUAUUAGUAAGUCAGUGAUUAGUCCAUGAUGCUGCUGGAACAAAACAUUUUUGUGUGUAUAGAGUACUACAGUGUUACGUCACGAUACCAAGUGCUACUCCGUUGCUCUCGUGGCAAAAUUUCUCCACUGACAAACCAUUGAUCCCAAUUUCUAACCUAAUGUUGUAUCUUAGUUUUUCUUUGUAAAUUUUAAUUGAUGAUUAAAUGUGUGUUCGAAAACUAGGCUUAUAAUGCGAGCAUUUGUGUUUUUAGUACAUUUUGAUUGUAACAUAUUAGAUUUUAAAAUGCCUAUUAUAGAAAGUUUAUGAAGUCAUUCAGGCGUAAUGAACGGUAACCAACGUCUAGUUGGUGACAGAGGGCGCCACCUGGCGUUAUGACAACACGACUGUGGUACUCUAUGACCAGUUUAAUUUAUAGUAGUGAGCCUACUUCGUCUAUUUUUUGCCAUAUAACAAAUUAACCUACUCGAGUGUGCAUAAAUUGUAAUUUUUUUUUAAAACAUAUUCUUGAAAGUAAGGCUAUUAUAUUUACCUAUAGACAAUGAUCGUUUUAAUAUAAAAAUUAACGUAUACUGGAACUUAAUAAUAGUAUAUUGAUUACCAUAUAGUAGGCCUUUAUGCUUAAUUGAAGUGAUAAUGAUAGUAAAUAAUAAUAAUGACGGUUAUGAUGAUGAGUAUAAAAGAAAAAAUAAUGCCGAUUAUGAUGAUGAGUACAAAAGAAAAAAAGG